UCUUUUGCCUCGGGGCAAGUGUCAUUUACACUAGGUCUCACCGGACCGUGUGUUUCGCUUGAUACUGCGUGCUGCUCGCAGCUCGUGGCGGUUCACCUCGCCUCCACUGCUCUGAAGUGCGACGAAUGCCCAGAAGCCAUUGCCUCUGGCGUCGGACUGCUUGGUCCAGUUUUCACACGCGCCUUUGCCUCUUUGGGCAUGCUCUCAGGUUGUGGAAGAUGUCACACCUUCGAUAAUCGGGGGGAUGGAUACUGUCGUGGAGAGGGUCGUGUUUCCCUCUUGUUGAGGUUGGCGCAGAAUGGGGGGGGCAGAUGUGAGGUCUGCGCAACGCGAGUAUAUAACGAUGGACCAAGUGCUAGCUUGACGGCACCCAAUGGAUCUACGCAGCGACGUCUCCUCGAUGCAGUGUAG